AUGGAGUCUGGUGACGCGGCGCGCCCUGGCUCGGGUCGGGCUACCGGGGCGCCGCCGCCGCGGCUGCUGCUGCUGCCGCUGCUGCCGCUGCUGCUGGGUCGGGGGCUGCGAGUCGCGGCCGCGGCCUCGGCCUCCUCCUCUGGGGCGGCGGCUGAGGACAGCAGCGCCAUGGAGGAGCUCGCUACUGAGAAGGAGGCGGAGGAGAGCCACCGGCAAGACAGCGUGAGCCUGCUCACCUUCAUCCUGCUGCUCACGCUCACCAUCCUCACCAUCUGGCUCUUCAAGCACCGCCGGGUGCGCUUUCUGCACGAGACCGGGCUGGCCAUGAUCUAUGGGCUCAUUGUUGGGGUGAUCCUGAGGUAUGGUACCCCUGCUACCAGUGGCCGUGACAAAUCACUCAGCUGCACUCAGGAGGACAGGGCCUUCAGUACCUUAUUAGUGAAUGUCAGCGGAAAGUUCUUCGAAUACACUCUGAAAGGAGAAAUCAGCCCUGGCAAGAUCAACAGCGUAGAGCAGAAUGAUAUGCUACGGAAGGUAACAUUCGAUCCAGAAGUAUUUUUCAACAUUCUUCUGCCUCCAAUUAUUUUUCAUGCUGGAUACAGCUUAAAGAAGAGACACUUUUUCAGAAAUCUCGGGUCUAUACUGGCCUAUGCCUUCUUGGGGACUGCUGUUUCAUGCUUCAUUAUUGGAAAUCUCAUGUAUGGUGUGGUGAAGCUCAUGAAGAUUAUGGGACAGCUCUCUGAUAAAUUUUACUACACAGAUUGUCUCUUUUUUGGAGCAAUCAUCUCUGCCACUGACCCAGUGACUGUGCUGGCAAUAUUUAAUGAAUUGCAUGCAGACGUGGAUCUUUACGCACUUCUUUUUGGAGAGAGUGUCCUAAAUGAUGCUGUUGCCAUUGUACUGUCCUCGUCUAUUGUUGCCUACCAGCCAGCAGGACUGAACACUCAUGCCUUUGAUGCUGCUGCCUUUUUUAAGUCAGUUGGCAUUUUUCUAGGUAUAUUUAGUGGCUCUUUUACCAUGGGAGCUGUGACUGGUGUUGUGACUGCUCUAGUGACUAAGUUUACCAAACUACACUGCUUCCCCCUGCUGGAGACAGCGCUCUUCUUCCUCAUGUCCUGGAGCACGUUUCUCUUGGCAGAAGCCUGCGGAUUUACAGGUGUUGUAGCUGUCCUUUUCUGUGGAAUCACACAAGCUCAUUACACCUACAACAAUCUGUCGGUGGAAUCAAGAAGUCGAACCAAGCAGCUCUUUGAGGUGUUACAUUUCCUGGCAGAGAACUUCAUCUUCUCCUACAUGGGCCUGGCACUGUUUACCUUCCAGAAGCACGUUUUCAGCCCCAUUUUCAUCAUUGGCGCUUUUGUUGCCAUCUUCCUGGGCAGAGCCGCGCACAUCUACCCGCUUUCCUUCUUCCUCAACUUGGGCAGAAGGCAUAAGAUUGGCUGGAAUUUUCAACACAUGAUGAUGUUUUCAGGCCUCAGGGGAGCAAUGGCAUUUGCGUUGGCCAUCCGUGACACGGCAUCCUAUGCUCGCCAGAUGAUGUUCACAACCACCCUUCUCAUCGUGUUCUUCACCGUCUGGAUCAUUGGAGGAGGCACAACACCCAUGUUGUCAUGGCUUAACAUCAGAGUUGGCGUUGAGGAGCCCUCCGAAGAGGACCAGAACGAACACCACUGGCAGUACUUCAGAGUUGGUGUUGACCCCGAUCAAGACCCACCACCCAACAAUGACAGCUUUCAAGUCUUACAAGGGGACGGCCCAGAUUCUGCCAGAGGAAACCGGACAAAACAGGAGAGCGCAUGGAUAUUCAGGCUGUGGUACAGCUUUGAUCACAAUUACCUGAAGCCCAUCCUCACACACAGCGGCCCCCCACUAACCACCACGCUCCCUGCCUGGUGUGGCUUGCUAGCUCGAUGUCUGACCAGUCCCCAGGUGUAUGAUAACCAAGAGCCACUGAGAGAGGAAGACUCCGAUUUCAUCCUGACCGAAGGCGACCUGACAUUGACGUACGGGGACAGCACAGUGACUGCAAAUGGCUCCUCAAGUUCGCACACCGCCUCCACGAGUCUGGAGGGCAGCCGGAGAACGAAGAGCAGCUCGGAGGAAGUGCUGGAGCGAGACCUGGGAAUGGGAGACCAGAAGAUGUCGAGCCGGGGCACCCGCCUAGUGUUUCCUCUGGAAGAUAAUGCUUGACUUUUCCCCCAAACCCUGACACGAUGGGGUAGGCUCCCGAUGGGGGUAUACUAUAGUCAUGGCCCAUAUGGAACACACAGGCAGCCGGUUUUCUGCUACCUGAGCCUUGGAGAAGAUGAAAAGGAAGGGCUGUCUGCUGUGCUGCCCUUUGAAAAGGUCCAAAGCAGACAUAAGAACACACAGCAGAAGUCACCUUCUCCUUCUGAUGACCACCUUUCAAAAGGCUUAACAGAAUCACCAAAUGUCACGGUCAGCUAUUGGCCAGUGGAAAAUUGUCUGGGCCUGUAUAUGUUGGAGGAACUCAGAUAGAAAAGGACUUGUAAACAGCACGGAAACCUCAACAUCUGCUGUCUCAAGCACUUGAAAGAGGCUACAAUUCAGGUGUUAUUGGAUGACUUAACUACACGGACAUUUGGGGGCUGACUUGUGUUGUGAUUAUGCCAACUGUGGGCUUUGGAGAAGCAGAGGGAUGGUUUUCAGUUGUGUGGGUGUUAAGUCUACGGAUUGGGAAUUUACCACUGAAAUUGAUCGUUCAAAGUGUGACUUCAUAGUAGGGCCAGCUCCUCCUAAGUUGUCCUUUUGUUUUUCACAUAAAAUACAUCUGGUACUUUUUACUUGUGAAGUUGUACUAUGUCCAUGAAAAUGGUUACAUGAGAAGGCCAUCAAGAUUCAUUUAAUAGCUGAAAAGCAACUUUUAAAAUAGAAUAGGACGCAUUUAACAUGGAAUGAUGUGACCUAGGGAACUUUUUAUAGAGCGCUUACAUACUGUAAUUGGGGAGAAUUUUGCCUUCUAUUUCCAUUGAACAGUAGCAAACUGGUGGUGGUUUUAUAAAAUUAACAUUAUAUUAUGUUAUAUAAAUAAAUGUUAUAUAAAAUGACAUUAAAGUAUAACUGUGAACAAUUAAAGACUUGGAGUUAUCCACAACCUUUAUGUGCAAUAAGGAAAACUGCAGUAGGCCCCCAAAGUGCUGUCUUUCCCUAGCAUUUUACUCAAUGUUUGCCUUUGUGUAUGUUUAGAUUGUUAUUGUAAAGCUAGCCAUGUGUGUUCCUGCCCUUUACUGAUAUUUAACACAUUUUCUCAAAGCUUUUUUUUUUUUUUUUUUUUUUAAACAAAACUCAAAAUAAAACAACUAACUGGCUGAGCUAAUUUUGUUUUGUAUUUUAAAGUAUCAUCUGUUGGUAGAAGGCUGUAGUGCGAUACUAUUCUUAGUCUGUUUCCCUCACUGAGAGGUUCUUUUCUGGGUGUAACUAUUCCUCUCCAGCUUUCUUUAGGCCUGGGGUUGGCAAACUACAGCUGGCCCCUGAACCAAGUCCAGCCCACUGCCUUUUUUUGUAAAUAAAGUUUUAUUGGCAUGA